CCCCGUCGUCAAGGGCAAUUUCUGUCCUUCGUUACUUUGACUCUUUUUUUCCCCGAGGAACGGGAACGUUGGGUAACCCCCUCCCAUUGCGAAGCGGCAUCCGGGGUCUUCUCCGCAAGGAGAUCACGUGACGACGGACAGCCAAUCCGAGCGCGUGGACGUGGACUUCGCUGAGGCUUUUCCGCCGAACCAUCAUGGCGACCGAGGCGGCGGUUGGCCGGAUUUAACGACGAGGAAAAAAAAUUAAGUGGAAUUUUUUAAAAAAACAAUCUUAUUUUUUUUUCUUCGACGCCAAAAUCAGCGGGAAUUCGUCGAGAUGAUGCUUUUUGGGCGCCAAAUGCCGAAGGCCAGGACUAUUUUACUUUCUGGCUCGGGUAGCCAAUGGGGAUCCUGGGGGAGGGCAAUGCAGGGCUGGUGGGCCUGGCGGUGGAGACCACCCCGGGGAAGCGGAUCCGGAAGCCGUCGCUCCUCUACGAGGGCUUCGAGAGCCCCACCAUGGCCAUGGCCGUGCCGGCCCUCCAGCUGGCCCCGGCCAACCCGCCCCCACCGGAGGUCUCGAACCCCAAGAAGCCCGGAAGGGUCACCAACCAGCUCCAGUAUCUCCACAAAGUGGUGAUGAAAGCCCUCUGGAAGCACCAGUUCGCCUGGCCCUUCCGCCAGCCGGUGGAUGCUGUCAAGCUGGGCCUGCCGGACUACCACAAAAUCAUCAAGCAGCCGAUGGACAUGGGCACCAUCAAGAAGCGCCUGGAGAACAAUUAUUACUGGAGUUCAGCUGAGUGCAUGCAGGACUUCAACACCAUGUUCACCAACUGCUAUAUUUACAACAAGCCCACAGACGAUAUUGUGUUGAUGGCCCAAACCCUGGAGAAGAUCUUCCUGCAGAAGGUGGCCCAGAUGCCUCAGGAGGAGCAGGAGAUUGUGGUUCCCGUGGCCAAGAAUAGUCACAAGAAGGGGGCGUCUCGGGCUGCAGCCCUCCUGGCCGCAGCCAACGCAGCUGCUCAGCAGGUCCCAGCGGUCUCGUCCGUCUCCCACACCCAGAUCUUCCCUGCCAGCACGGAGGUCCCCGCCACCGUCAUCAGCAUCCCCCACCCCACAGUCAUCUCUGCGCCCCUCCUCAAGCCCCUCCACGCCACUGCCGCCUCCCAGCCAGUAAUCGCGGUGUCGGCCCCCACGCAGCCGGUCACCAAGAAAAAAGGUGUGAAGCGGAAAGCGGACACGACCACUCCAACCCCCACGGCCAUCAUCGCCACCAGCGGUGGGGAGUCCUCUCCCUCUGCGGCCCUGCUAGAGGUCAAGGCGGCCAAGAUCCCCGCCCGGCGGGAGAGCGGGCGCCCCAUCAAGCCGCCACGCAAGGACCUGCCAGACUCCCAACAGCACCAGACCUCCAAGAGGGGCAAGCUCUCGGAGCAGCUGAAGUACUGCAACGGCAUCCUCAAGGAGGUGGUGUCGAAGAAGCACGCUGCCUACGCCUGGCCCUUCUACAAACCAGUUGACGCCUCUGCCCUGGGCCUCCACGACUACCACGAGAUCAUCAAGCACCCCAUGGAUCUCAGCACCAUCAAGCGGAAGAUGGAGAACCGUGAAUACCGUGAUGCCCAGGAGUUUGCUUCUGAUGUGCGCCUCAUGUUCUCCAACUGCUACAAGUACAACCCUCCGGAUCACGACGUCGUGGCCAUGGCUCGGAAGCUGCAGGACGUCUUUGAGUUCAGCUAUGCCAAGAUGCCGGAUGAACCCAUAGACAUCAACCCCCCCUCCGCGUCGCUCCCGCAGCCGGGGAUCUUGAUGAAGUCCUCCACGGACGAUUCUUCCAGCGAUGAGGACGAUGACGAUGACGAAGAGGGCGAUGAAGAGGAGAGCAGCAGCGAGAGCUCCUCUGACAGCGAGGAGAGUUCGGAUUCGGAGGAGGAGCGGGCAAACCGACUGGCAGAGCUGCAGGAGCAGCUGCGGGCGGUGCACGAGCAGCUGGCUGCACUCUCGCAGGGACCGGUUUCCAAGCCCAAGAAGAAGAGAGACAAGAAGGAGAAGAAGAAGAAGAAAAAGUCGUCGUCGGAGAAGCGCAAAGCCAAAGGCGGGGACGAGGAGGCCCGGGCUCACCAGGUCCAGCUGAAGAAGUCCAAGAAAGCGGCCAGCGGGGGUGGCAGUGGCGGCGGCGGCAGCAGCAGCAAAAACUCUAAGAAGGCCAGUGGGAAGGUCUUGGCCCCCCCGGUCCCCCUCUUGUAUGACUCGGAGGAGGAGGAGGAGAGCAAGCCCAUGACGUACGACGAGAAGCGCCAGCUCAGCCUGGACAUCAACCGCCUGCCGGGAGAGAAGCUGGGCCGGGUGGUGCACAUCAUCCAGUCGCGGGAGCCCUCCCUGCGCGACUCCAACCCCGAGGAGAUCGAGAUCGACUUUGAAACGCUCAAGCCUUCCACGCUGCGGGAACUGGAGCGCUACGUCCUCUCGUGCCUGCGCAAGAAGCCACGCAAACCCUACAGCGAGACUUUGAAGAAGCCAGUGGGCAAGACGAAGGAGGAGCUGGCCCUGGAAAAGAAGCGGGAGCUGGAAAAGCGCCUGCAGGACGUCAGCGGGCAGCUGAAUUCGGCCAAGAAGCCCCCGACAAAGAAGGCCAACGAGAAGCCGGAAUCGGCCCAGCAGGUGGCCGUCUCGCGCCUGAGCGCCAGCAGCUCCAGCUCCGACACGAGCAGCUCCAGCUCCUCUUCCUCCUCCUCGGACACAAGCGAUUCCGACUCCAGUUAGGCGGACUGGGAGGGGGGGCACCGGAGGAGAGACGCCCGACGGGCAGGCUGGGCUCGGCGGGAGGGCAGGAAGCAUGUUCGCAAGCCGUUCUGCAGGACCAGAACUGGAGAGAAGUGCGCAAAGGGGGCUCGGCAAGGGAGGGGGGAGAGAAGAAAGGGGGGCCUUCCCUGCGCCUCCCUCUCGCGGAUUGUGGAUCCAGAGCUGGCCCCCCGCCCUGUUUGUGCUGUUGCAAUGGGGUGGGGCGACGUUGGGGGUGUUCCGGCUCUUGUGUACAGUUUUGCUCCGGCCGUGGGGGAGGGCGGGCGGUGUUUUACUGUUUUGUUUUGACUCAGAAAAAACAACUUGUGGUUUUUUAUAAAGCGUUUAGCAAGUUUUGGUUUUGUGACGCUCCUUCCCUGGAGGGACAGAUUGAAGAGACUGCUGCGGGGUGAGGGGGGCGGUCUGCGUGCCUCCCCCGCCCUGAACACUGAGGACUUGGAGCCUGGCUAGGCACAGAGAAGCCUCGCGGGGAGGGAAAAGUUGCCCUCCUCCUUUUGCUCGCCUCUUGGCAGGCGCUCAAAGUUCUUUUUAUUUAUUUCAUUUCAACGCCCCGCCCCCACCCAUCCGUGGCUUUCCAUGGGAUCUGGAGUGAGUGCAGCCGUGUACGUAACCUUGGGCGUAAAGGAGAAAGCAUGUUCUUUGCCCCUCAAGGGAGAUGAGUUGUGGGGUGGGGGGGUUUGGUCACCCUUGAGUCUUUUUCAUUUUUAUGUUGACUGUACAUUUCUUUUUUUUUUCUACCAUUCCUUUUAUUGCCCCUUUUGCCCUUUUAAGGGUGUUGUUUCCUCUUAUUGUAUGUUAAAAUUUCUGAUUCUUUAACAUGUAAAUAACAAUAAAAAAAGGCAGUACACAA